ACAUUCUUUCAUUGAUUCAUUGCAUUGCUAACUCAUUAGCUCUUACAAAAAAUUCCAACUUAUACCUAAAAAUGAUCAAAUUUUUGUUCUUUCUUUUAAUUCUCUUAAACACAAAAAAUGUCUUAAUUUUAGCUCUUACUUCAACUCAAGACAUUUCAGCUCUAAAAGCCUUCAAAUCAUCAAUCAAUCCAAACUCAAUCCCAUCAUGGUCAUGUCUAGCCUCAUGGGACUUCACCGCCGCCGACCCUUGUCUCCUACCUCGCCGGAGCCACUUCAUUUGCGGUGUAACUUGCUCAUCUGACUCAACUCGUGUCACCCAACUCACUCUCGACCCAGUUGGCUACUCAGGCCAACUCACUCCACUCGUUUCUCAACUCACCAAUCUCACAACUCUUGACCUCUCUGAGAAUUACUUCUCCGGUCCUAUUCCUUCUUCUAUUUCUUCUCUCUCAAAUCUCCAAACUCUAACUCUCCGAUCCAACUCGUUCUCCGGGUCACUGUCAAACUCAGUGUCGAACCUUAAAUCGUUACAAAGCUUGGAUCUUUCACAUAAUUUUCUAUCUGGGUAUCUACCAAAUUCAAUUAAUUUAAUGUCGAGUUUAACAAGAUUGGAUCUUUCUUACAAUAAUUUAACCGGGUCAUUACCAAAAUUACCAAACGGGUUACUAGAAUUAGCUUUAAAGAACAAUUCUUUAACCGGGUCAUUGCUUAAAUCGUCAUUUGACGGGUUAACUCGGUUAGAAGUGAUUGAACUCAGUGAAAACUCAAUUAAUGGAGUACUAGAAUCAUGGUUCUUUCUAUUACCAGGGCUUCAGCAAGUGAAUUUAGCCAAUAAUAGUCUGACACGUGUUGAGAUCUCAAAGCCUGUAAAUGGUGACAGUGAUCUCGUAGCGGUUGAUCUUGGUUUCAACAAAAUUGAAGGUAACGUACCGUUAAAUUUUGCAUAUUAUCCUCUGCUUUCAUCUCUGUCACUGAGAUUUAAUAAGCUACGUGGCAUGAUCCCAUUGGAGUAUAGUCGAAAAAAGAGUUUGAGAAGACUGUUUUUAGAUGGAAAUUUCUUGAUUGGUAAACCACCGGCCAAAUUCUUUGCCGGUGAAACUCUGGUCACCGGAAGUUUGGGGGAUAAUUGUCUACAAGGGUGUCCAGGGUCAUCUCAGCUGUGCACGCCUUCACAAAAAUCAAAUAAUGUAUGUAAACAAGCUUAUGGUGGCAAAUGGAAACCAAAAUCUUAGUAUAAGUACGAAUCUGUCAGAUUUAUAUAUUUUUUAUUUAUAGUAGAGCCUAAAUAAUAAAAAUAAUAAUUUUUCUGAGUGUACAA